GGAAUGAAAAUCUUGUGCUGCUCUCUCUCUGUAACACCAAAGCUCGUCAGCGCAUGUGACGAAACUCAAAUUUUGCUGGUACUCCUCCCUGAGCGCUGGCCAAAAAAAGCCCAGCCCCAUCAUCCCCUUCCCCUUCUUCCUCCUCUUCCCUCUUCCCCUCGCCUGUCAUCUCCCACUCCAGAAGAAACCCUAGGCUCUAGCUCUAGCUCCAGUCUCGCUCUCCCCACACCACCCACGACCACGGCCCCAACCCCCAACUGGCACUGGCGGAGACACUUGUCUGUCCGGACCCAACAACGCUAAUAACAAAGGAAGAAAUGGCAGACCACCCACAAGCUGCGACGGAGGGGCAACAACAGAUGAAUGGUGAUAGGGCCCUCACUCUGGCCGACACCAUCGGUGCCAAGCGGCAGAGGAGGCCCAGCGUCCGAUUAGGCGACCUCGGCGGCGACCUCACCUUCGACUCCCACGUGCGAAGGAAGCCUCACUCCUCCGCCGCCGCCGCCGCCGCCGCCGCCGCCUCCUCAGGUAACCUCAGUAGAUCCUCCAAGACUCGUCCUUUGUUCAAUUUGAGCUCCGACCACCACCACCACCACCACCACCAAACCCUUGAGGAUAACGACAAAAUCGACAACUUGGAUUCCGUCGCCAUUGGGAGCUGGAAAGUCAAGGACUCCAAGAAGCGUGCCUCCAAUGCCACCAAGAGGGUUCGCUCCAAUUGGGUUCCCAAGGUCACUGAUGAAGGCGGCGGCGAAGUAGAGGUGGAGAAGUAUAGUGGUGGGGAAGAUUUUGACGAUGGGUAUAAUGAUUUCGAUAUCGAAAAUUUGGAGAGUCCCGUCAACGAGCAGAGCCCGGUACACUCUUUGGAGAAUUUGGGUGUGGAUAGCCAUGGAAAUGAGAGGGAUAUGCUGUAUAGGAGACCUGGUAGGGGUAGGAGUAGGGACCACCAUGACGCGGUUGAGUUGUCGGGUCCCUCGGACACCGAUUUGAGGGAUAGGGAUGGAAGGUGUGGAGAGGAUGGGGUGAAGAUUUGGCUUAAUGGGUUAGGACUAGGACGGUAUGCACCUGUUUUCGAGGUUCAUGAAGUGGAUGACGAGGUUUUGCCUAUGUUGACGUUGGAGGAUUUGAAAGAUAUGGGGAUCAAUGCAGUCGGUUCCAGAAGGAAAAUGUACUGUGCCAUUCAGAAGCUAAGCAAGGGAUUUUCGUAAUGCCUUUUUCUGUUGGUUUUGAGAAAUCCUCAGACAUGUUUUCUUGUAUGUACUUCCUUGACUGCAAUACUGAAGUAGGCUGGAAACUACUGUUGAAGUUGGUGAGAGAAAUUUUUGCUCUUCUUCCAACUAUGAAGUAGGAAGAAAAAGAACAAAUUUAUGCACAUUCUUUUAAGCCGGCAUAUAUUGAAUUUGACUGUGGUGCUUGUACUAGCUGAUGCUCAGAAAACAUUUUAUUUGGUCGAUCUUGGAAUAAGUAAAUUAUGAUUUUGCAGCACUUCACAUAUAUUGAAUGCUAUCGACCUUGUAUCAGAUUUGCAAGUAAUUCCAAAGUGUACAAAGAAAAUAUAUCUUUGCUUCCUUUGUUGUUGGAUGGUUUGCAUUCCAGUUGCUUUUCUUCACUACGGUAUCGAGGUUGUGUUCAGUUAACUGACUUUUGCAAAGUAUAGGACAAGCCGGCAUGUGACAACAAGAAGGAGAUCGUCCUAGUUGUUUAAGUUCUCAUACUAUUUUGCAUGGUCUUGUUCUUACGCGAACAUAUAAGCAGAGAAGCGAUCUGUUUGUUGAAACUGAUUGGCACUGUUGGAAUGUCAUGACCUCACAGCAUCAAAUAUCAGGGAGAGAUUUCUUAAUAGAGUGUGGCACUUUAGCAUACAAGCGCACGGGAGUAUGAAUAAGAUAAGCGUCGCCAUUCUCUUGUUGUUGAUGCUUCAUUACAGGAACUUAGUUGUCCCUUCUGUGGUAAGCAAGUGAUUACAGGGAAGUUAGGACAGCUGUGACUGUGGAGGCUGGUGUAAACUCUUUAUACACGAAAUACAAGGAGUAGAAAUUUGGUUUGUAGGGGGGAGAGUGGCAAGAGGCUGUAAUGAGUAAGUGCGCAAGGUGUGUGAUAUUGGUUUAUUCUUUGUGAGCAAAUAGGUAAAUGAUGUUUAACUCGCACGAUUCUGUAAUCUUAUUUAUACACUUAUUGCUCCUAACAGGUUUUGUGAUCAUGGUAUUGGAAUGCAUGUCAUUGAUUUAUUG